CCUCUUUCACCCUACUGUAAAACAGUUCUUCGUUCCACAGCUCUGCAGGCUAUCUUACAAAGCCAUCCGCUUCCCACUUUCCUGAAAUAUGAUCACCAUCAAUAAUGACGAGUCUACUCAGCAAGAGACAGAGAAAUUACCUAAGACAUCACUGUAUUGCCCCAGCACUGAACAUAAUGAACAGCUAAAGUUAGAGAUGACACCAUUGCAAGAUAACACUAUUCUAGGUGAAUCAACUGCUGUGACCAUAACGUCUGAUCAGCCGCCUGUGCGAGAUCAUAUAAUCUGGUCCCUGUUUAACACCAUGUACAUGAAUUUCUGCUGCCUGGGACUUAUUGCACUUCUCUUCUCAGUCAAGUCCCGGGACCAGAAGCUGAUUGGAAACCAAAGUGGAGCUAGAAAACAUGGCGCUACUGCCCAUUCUUUAAAUGUUGCCUCCACGGUACUGACGAUUCUGGGUUGCAUCAUCUCAAUGUCAAUAAUUUACAUCAAUUACCUUUACUUGAAGGCAGCCAUCAAGAACUUGUUUGGGAUGUAGUGAAGCAGGCGCGGCCUCCUAUCAACACCUUAUUUCUAAGACUCCAUUUCUUUUCCCAGUAUCUUAUUUCUAAAAAUGGAAUUUUAUUAUUAUGUUACAUAAGGCUGUCUGCAAUCUGUGUCACUAUUCCCCUCAUAUCAAUUACAUGAAACAGAAGGUGAAGAUAGAUUGUCAGCUCAUUUGGGCAAGGUGUAGAGAACACUUCAUACAUAAGGUAGCGGAGCAGCAGUUUUAGGUGCUGGGGGCAGUGGCGCACCCAGGGGGGGUUUCCGAGCACCCAGAAACCCUCCCUCCACUAAAAAAAAAAAAAAUUUUUUUUUUAGCUGCAUGAGUAUUAUUAAUGGCUGUCUAGCAUCCUCUGCAGCCUGCUGUCUUCCUGGUCGCAAGAAAGUUUACUUUAUUUUAAUUAUAGUACAUAUAUAUCCAUGUGCAUACAUAUAUACAUACAUAUAAACACACACACACACAUGAUAUAUAUAUAUAUGUGUACUGUAUGUGUGUGUACACAUAUAUAUAUAUAUAUAUACAUAUAUAUAUAUAUAUAUAUAUAUAUAUAUAUGUAUGCAUGUUUAAUAUGCUAUGUAUAUGUGUAUAUGUGUGUGUAUGUAUAUAUAUAUAUAUAUGUGUAGAUAUAUGUAUUUAUAUAUAUAUAUACACACACGCACACACACGCACACACACACAGACACACUAGUUUUACGGACCCAGCAUAUACUGGGUCACCUCUGUCCGCACCCCCGUGAUUGGCUCCACCUAGUUCUGGAAACCCCCCCAUGCAAAUCCUGCAUUUGCCACUGGGGGGGGGGGGGGGGGGGUAGAAUACCUUUUGUAAUGGAGCCUAUACAUCAGAAAUAACAAUGAAAAAAAAAAGAUUCAGCGUUUGCUUUCCGCUCCUAUUUAACGAUUCUCCAAACCACUAAUGUGCGCCUCAUACAUUGUCGAUAUUUUUCAGAGACUUGCACUUCAAAAUCACAUUUGCGAAUCAUGAAAGUAGGAUAAAAAUGUGGCGAGACAAACCGCACUAGAUCGCUCCCGUCUCUAAAGAAAUCCUCCUAAGAGAGGAGGGAAGUUUCAACAGGAGACUGAUUUAAGUUCAAAGAUAGCCAACUACCAUAAUUUUUGAAAAAAAGAAUAGAGGAAAUCUUUUAAUUAAUUCAUUGGUUGGCGGUGCUCCCCAGAGUCAGAGACAGCACACAUUGUUAUGGAAAGAAAAGAAGACUCUUGUUUGGGGGCACUCUUAAUUGUAUUAUACCUGUACAGAGAAAUACUGUUUAUCAAUAAAAUAUAGCUUUUAUUAUUACAUUAAUAA